AGUGACCUUGCACGCACAGAUGGUGGCCGCAUCAUAACAAGUUUCCAAGAACCAAGAGGACAGUUCAGUGUCAAAAUCUCUGUGGACCAAGCUAAACCAGUGGCUGUUCGCCAUACAAGGCUCACGCAGCCUCUUCCGCGACCGUCCAAACUUCCAAAAUGGCGAGUAAAAUCGCGAGCGAAGACUUUGACGAAGAGUUCCUGACGUGCGAGGUCUGCUUGAUGCUCUUCCGAGACCCCAAAAUCCUGCCAUGUCUGCACACGUUCUGCAGGGAGUGUUUGAAAGGCUGGGCAAAUUUGGCCAAAACCAAACAACAGCAACUGAAGUGCCCAACCUGCCGCGUAUCGGUCAGGCUACCGGACCAGGGCGUCGACGGACUCAGGACCAACUUUUACGUCAACAAACUGCUGGACUUCGUAGCGGCCAAGGAGGACAAGAAAGUCGAGAAAGGGGCAGAGCCGAACAACAACAAGGAUGUGGAGGGGUCGAAGCCGCGAGACUCGUGCACACCGGUGGUUCACCGCACGCUUCCACCUUCGAAAGGCCGAGAAGUUACCGUUGAAGAACCCCCGAAGGCAGCACAAGAGGGCACCAAGCCAAGUGUGCCGUGCGAGAGGGAUGUGGUGGUUCACCGCACGUCAGUUCCACCUCCGAAAGGCCCAAAAGUUACCACCCAAGAACCCCUGAAGGCAGAGGGAAGCACCGAGCCAAGUGUGCGGUGCGAGGGGGAUGUGGAGGGGUGCAAACCGGUUAACCGCACGUCAGUUCCACCUCCGAAAGGCCGCCAAGUUACUAUCCAAGAACCCCAGAAGGCAGAGGGAGGCACCAAGCCAAGUGUGCUGUGCGAGAGGGAUGUGGUGGUUCACCGCACGUCAGUUCCACCUCCGAAAGGCCCAAAAGUUACCACUGAAGAACCCCUGAAGGCAGCACAAGUCACCAGCAAAGUGUCUGACAUUGCUGCCAAGCUGUGGGCUCUCGACCACAACCGCCUGAGGAGAGGGAUAGAGUAUGACAUUAACCCAUACGGCGGCGAUCUGUUUUCCUUUGUGAAAUGGCACAAGUUUGAAUGGAUUCCAACUUACAAAGCCUUUCUGAAAUUGCUGCACAACUACGACGAAGAUGGUGACUUCGAGGAAGAGGAUGUGACAGAGAAAGAGCAGAACGACGCCCGUGCGUUCCUGAACCGUUGCCUGGAUACCAAAGUGAUGGAGGAGGCGCAUGCUUUCUUGGCUAAGGAAGGAUGUGUGCCAGAAAGUAGGAAUGGCUUCAAGUACAUGUUAUACAAUCUGUGGUUCACACCUUACGCUAGGAGUUACGAUGACUGGGGUGAUGGGUCGGACUGGAGCACUGCAUUCGAGCACACCUUCGUGGGAGAGACGCGCUGUGGCAACAUGAUCGGUUGUUUCCAGAACUGGCUCCAGCUUUGCAAUGACGAGCAAUCGGGCAACAUCCAACACAAGGGAGCCUCGUGUUGUGACUGUGACGGCCGCAUCAUCCUCACCGUUGACCUGGACUGGAAAGGCCCAACUGAGAUCUUUGUGGGCACGAGCCCGGAGUUUGAGCUGGCCCUGUACACCGUCUGCUUCCUGGCUGGGGACGGACUGCAGACAGAGGUCAUCCUCGGGGGUCAGACGGUCACUAUCAACACUCAUAAAUGGAAGGGCCAUCUCGCGUCUUGCUAUCCGACGGUGCAGCAGUUGCGCAGUAACUUUUCCUGUUCACGGCAACAAGACUGGUCAGACACGGAAUCAGAGUCAGAGGAUGACAGCUACGACAGGCAGCUCGCAGAAGGCCUGGACUUCAUGCAGUACCUACAAGAACAGGGCUACUCUCCGGAGAUGAAGAGGAGGAAGCUGAAGUGGAUCUACGAGAACGACUACACGCACUUGUGCGGGAGGAGGGAAGGAACAGCCUUCUCACAGGUCCUGUACACCCUCAAGAUGGACGGCAGGGCCGAGGUCUACACUGACUAUUUCGGGGUAGAGGUGGUCGCUUUCCUGUAGUUAGAGUUAAAGAGUUAAAGUUAAAGAGUUAAAGUUAGAGUUAAAGAGUUGAAGAUCUAUUUUCCUAUUUUCGUGUGGUUGACACAAGCGUAGAGUAGAGAAGAGUUUUAUUUAGUUUUAUAGCAACCGGACUCAUGUAAAAGAUCUGUCUACGCGACUCGAUUUUAGAUGUUGCAAUCAUUGAUGUAGAAUCUUAUGUUCCACAAAUCUAUUUUU